UACAACCAAAAUCCAAUAAUCAGAAGAAUGGACCCCAGCCAGUCUUUCUAUCAGCCUCCAGGGGCCUACAAUUCAUCUGAGAAAUCAGUGAUGUUCCAGUCAGCUGCAGCACCACCAACAUACCAGGACAAUCCUGCUGGAUAUCCUCCUUCCAUUCCAAGCCAGCCGGUCCCCCAGGGCCCCUACGUCCAGGGGCCGUAUCCAGGACAAACUGUGGUUGCUGUACAGCCUGCAGUUUUUGUGACUGCCGCUCCACUGGCCAAUCCAGCGCCAGAUUACCUGGGUUACUCCAUCUUUACCAUGCUGUGCUGCUGUUUUCCUCUGGGCAUUGCUGCGCUUGUCUACUCGUGCUCUACUCGAGAUGCCAACUACUCAGGACGGCGAGAAUUAGCAGAGAAGAACUCAAAAACGGCACGCACCCUGAAUCAUGUCGCUGUUGCUCUUGGCCUCAUUAUCAUUGUAGUGUAUAUUAUAUAUUACUUUGUGUUGAUUAACAAUAUGAAUCAGCGCGUGUCCCGCACCACAACAUCCAACGGGGAGGAGGGGUGGGCAGAUCUGGCAGUUCGGGGCGCCAUGGUGGAUCUGGCAGCUGUGGGCGCCAUGGCGGAUCUGGCAGUUCGGGGCACCAUGGCGGAGCAGGUGACUCGGGAGGUCAUGACGGAGCAGGGAGCUCGGGGAGCCAUGGCUGAGCAACUCGAGAUGCCAACUACUCAGGACGGCGAGAAUUAG